GCUAGGGCUGCGAGCGGAGGCGGGCCCUGUCUCCCGGCUGCGCUCGCGCAGGCCCGCGCAGGAAGAAUGGCUGGGCCUGUGGCAUUCGGCAGCAGGGCUGUGCUGCUGCGGCUGCUGCGGCCGCUGCGGAACUGGGUUUUCCGGGCGCUGCGCCGCGAUGGGCCCGGGAGCCCCGCUUCCUGCCCAGGGUCGCAAGGGGCGCAGCGUUGGGCCUGGCCUCGGGAUAAAGAUAGAGAAAAUGAAAAAGAGAAAAAAUCAGUGAUCUGUGUUGAGGGCAAUAUUGCCAGUGGAAAGACAACAUGCCUGGAGUUCUUCUCCAACUCAGCAGACAUUGAGGUGUUAACAGAGCCUGUGCCCAAGUGGAGAAAUGUCCGAGGCCAUAAUCCGCUGGGUCUGAUGUACCAGGAUGCCUGUCGAUGGGGCCUCACGCUGCAGACGUACGUGCAGCUCACCAUGCUCGACCAGCACACUCGUCCGCAGACAUUGCCUGUACGGUUGAUGGAGCGGUCAAUUCACAGUGCAAGAUACGUUUUUGUAGAAAACUUGUACAGAAGUGGGAAAAUGCCCGAAGUGGACUAUGUGGUCCUGUCGGAAUGGUUUGACUGGAUUGUGAGGAACAUCGACGUGUCCAUCGACUUGAUAGUUUAUCUCCGGACCACUCCUGAGACCUGUUACCAGAGGCUGAAGAUGAGAUGCAGGGAAGAGGAGAAGGUCAUCCCACUGGAGUACCUGGAUGCUAUUCACCACCUGUAUGAGGAGUGGCUCAUCAAAGGGAGCCUUUUCCCCGUGGCAGCCCCCGUUCUGGGCAUCCGAAGGAACGUCAGUUGCUGUUCUGGUCCGUCACACAGUGAUGCCCUUAGGAGGUGCUGAGGUGAUCGAGGCCGACCACAACAUGCAGAAAAUGUUAGAACUCUUUGAACAAAACCGGCACCGAAUCCUAACUCUGGAGAGUCGGAAGCUUGGUCCAUAGGAUAGGAAAGAUCAUGCCUGAGAAAUGCCUGCUGCUGCCAAGCUAGCUAUUAGGAACAGUUUGGAAAACUCUACUCUCAGGAGGGCUUUGUAUCUGCCCACAGUUGUCUUCUUUCUGGCCUUCUCUCCUUUCCCAGUGUCUUCAUCCUGGGAUCCUGGGCCUCGUGGGUAAAUGGGACCAAUGGGUUUGCCAUGCCCUCUGGUGGCACAGCCUUGCAUUCCCCUGGUGCUUCUCCUGGUGGUUUCCCACCGCUGGGUCCUUCUAAGCUAGGGAAGUCCCACCUGACUUGUGCUGGGCUCAUGGUCUCUAGCCCUUCAGGCCAUCCAGGAAGGCGAGGUAGUGGUCUUCCAUCCCAAGGGAGGAAGCUGAAGCUCAGACAGACUAAGAGACCCCCUGGGGUCACACGGCCAGUGACAGUGGGGGCAGCACCACUCAGACUUCUGGGGACUCCCGGCCCCCCCCUUGCCCCAGGCUGCCUCAGCCCAGAGCCCGCCCUGCCCGCUGGAGACCCUCAGACGUGCGUGGGCAGGGCCAACUGUGUGUGCAGCUGGCAUCAUCACUUUCUCAUGGUUUGAGCCGUCCUUGAGGGCAGUUGGCGUUUGACUUUCACAAAAUUGUGCCACGUUUGGCUUGAGCCCAGCGUUCAUCCGUUCUCUAGCACGAGGCUGAUAUGGUACUUAACACCUCAUUAGGACUUCCCCGAUUUAGGAGAGGUAUGCACUGCCUCCUGAAGGGUGCUCGGUCUCCUUGGUGACAGAGGUCAUGCUUGAGCAGCUGCUAAUGACCUGUCAGGGCAGUGGCUUGUGGCCCCCCGGGCUGGUGUGCCCAGUGCCAUGCUGGGGCAAGGGGCUGCCAGCCUGGCUUCUGAGGCUCCCUCCCUCCUUAGUGGCUUGCAUGAUGAGCUUUAUCCUUGGAGUUCCUCAGAGUUUGUGGCCCAGGAGAGAGACACCAGUGGCCUUAAGUCUUUUUGAAAUGUUUUUCCAUCCAAAGGGAUACUGCGGGCCACAGAGCGUGAACCAUCUUUAUUAGCUCAGAGACUGUCUUAGCUGUGUUCAGCUGUAGCAGUGCAUCAAAGGCACAGCUGUCUCCUGAGUCAAGUAGCAGCAAGAGACAGGAAGAACAUUCUCUCCGAGGACAAUCUGGACGGGAAGGAUGGGUCUUGCAAGCAAAGGCUCUUGGAGCACUGGAGCUCCUGAACUUCAGAGGUGGGUGGAGAGAGCUUCCAGAAGGCCGUGUGCGGACGUAGGGGUGCGGAUUGAUUAUGAACUUGGGGGAACAGGCCUCGGCCUCUCCCGCGUGGCGGUCGGCGUGCCUGAAGGUUGGAAGGCCUCGUCUUGGCCUCCGCGUGAGUGAGGCACUGGUGCACGCAACUCGCUGAUGGAAGUUGGUGACAGGUGGUCCCAGCCCAGAGGCAGCGCCCGGAGGGUAGCCGGGCCCAGAGGCAGCGCCCGGAGGGCAGCUGGGCCCAGAGGCAGCGCCCGGAGGGCAGCACUCUGGCUCCUGGCCCUUCCUGGAGGGACUGGUCCUGGGCCAGUUGCACAGGCGGGGAUGCGUCUCAGCCUAGACGCCGGUGAUGGACCAGCAGGAAGUGCAACCGCUGCUACCAGGCACCUGGACAUGCUGGGACCAGCUUUGGGACUUUGCAGACAAAUAGUCCAGUUUUCCCCACAGCUCAAUUUGAGAAUCUGUACUGGGGGGAAAUGUGAUUAAAAAAAACCCAAAAAGAUAGAAGUAUGUAUCUCCUUCACGUAGAAGUGCAGCUGUGGGUGGUCCAGGGCUGGUGUGGUGGCUCAGGACCCUCGGGUCCCAGCCUCUUUCUGCCUUUCUGUCCCCAGAUUGACUUCCUGGUUUGAGGCUUUCUUCCUCCAGGGGCCUUACUGUCCAGAUGGCUCUGGAGCUCCUGUUCUGUCUAGUGUUGGCAUCAGGCACACUGCCCGGUCUCCCCCACCAUUCACACCUAAAUUCAGAUGUGGAUGGUGACUUUUGCACAACUAAGAUAAGCUGGAACAUUCUAACAGGACUUUGCUAGAGACCUCAGAGGUGCGGGACAGGCAAGCGGGAAGGCUGGACACACAGUCUGGUUUCAGUUCCGUGGUGCCUCUGGGCCCCUCCUCCCCUCCCUUCUGCUUUCACAUCACCCCACCCUCACCACCUGGUGCUGUGAUGUCCUCAGCGCUGGCCAGUGGGCUCCCACAGUGGAGCUCUCAGGAGCCCCUUGCUAAACAUGGACUCUGGGAAAUGAUGUCACCCAGCUUGUUUUUCCCAUUCCUGCCUCCUUUCCACCAGAACCUCUCACCUAGAUGAGAAAUGCCCCCCUGCCUGGGGAGUGCAUGGUCGAGACACUUCCUGGGAUUCCUGCAGACUCCCAGCGUCCCACCUGGGGAAGGCAGGAUUGAGGUAUUUAUUGCUCUGAGAGCAGGUAGGAGGUGUUUUCAAAACCUAUCUACCCGUGGGUGCUAUCGAAUCUGCAUCACCCUUGUUUUCCUGGAGCCAGGUGGGGGAGCUCACGUCAAAUGCUUAUAUUAUCUGCGGAAUGAGUAACACUUGUUCCCUUGGCCUCUGCACCCUGAAGAGUUAACAGUUAUUAAAAUAAUUGACAAGCUCUUGGAAAUGUCAGGCCUCCACCGUUGAGAAUGUAACAACAAUUAUAUUGCACCCAGUGGGCUUUGGCAGUGGAUUACUCACUUACCAAAGGCCAGGGUCAAUGGAACACAACCUUUUUUUCUUAAUAACCCCAACCCCGUGACCCCCCUGAGGCUGGGGUAAACUCUGUUCCUCUAGUUUCCAUAAGAUGGUGAACUUGGCCAAAGCUGUCAUUAAACAGAAGCUAGGAGAAAGCCAAGCUUAUGGGAUCAGAAUGGGUAUUAGCACUUAAUGCUGUCCUCUUGAAUUUCUGCAUCUUUUGGCUUUUUCUUCUCCAAGACAGGUUCACAGAACACAUGUGUCUGGGGACAUAGUAAUAGGUACUCUGGGAAAAGAGGGUUUUGUAGUCCAGCAAAUUUGAGAUUCACCACCUGGGUACUCUCUGAGCUGCACAAAGUACGUUAGCCUAGGUAAAGUCAGGAAGUCUUGAAAUAAAAAUGCCUUCUGAAAUUUGCUUCAGUCAGGGACUCUCAGACUCAUUUGACAGUAGAACCCCUCAUUUAGGGGGUUAUUAACUUCCAGGUGUGAGUGUUCCUUGGAACGCAUGUUGGUAAGCACUGUUUUAGGGUGCCUGCAGCUGCUGAUGACUCCCAGUUCUGGGCCCUUUGAGACGCUGUAGCUCCUGGUUCUCUAACUGUAGGCCGUCUGAAUCCUCUGAUGGGCAUGUUAAGGCAUGGUCUGCAGGGCCUGCCCCCAGAGUUUCUAAUACAGCGGAUCUGGGAUGUGCCUGAGAAUUUAAUGACUAUCGAAGUGAUAAUGAGGCUGCUGGUCAGAAAGCACGCUUUGGGGACCACUUCUCGUAGCUUCAGGUUUUCUAGGAGUGGACCUCCGGGAAUUCCCAUGAAAACUUGACGUGUCACUGAAUCUCUUGUGAGUGCUGCUUUAUCUUAUCUGUUAAAUGGGAGCAUUGCUCACUUCUAGUGUUGAGAGGAUAACUGGCCUGAUGUGUGGAAGGGGCCCAGAGCAUGGGCAAGUGCUAAGUUUUAAAUAAAUCUUACCCUUGGGGAUCCAGAUGUUGAAACAUACUAUAAAAUGUCUAUAAUUAAAACAGUGUGGUACUGGUACAUGAGUAGACCUGUGGGAUAGACUAGGAAGCCCAGAAGUAGAUGUAAGUGCGUGAUACAGGUGUCAUCUCAGUGAUUAUUGGGGGUAAAGAUGGAUUUUUAAAUAAACGGUGCUGAGAUGACUGAGUCAUCAUUUGUAAAAAGAUGAUUCAUAUGUUACACCAUACCCAAGAAUAAACUCCAAGUGGUUUAGGGAUCUACAUGUAAAAAAAUGAAACCAUGCACAUACUAUAAGAAUGAAUUCUUUGAAACCUCAAGGUAGGAGAACUUUGUAACUAUGAUUCCAAAUCCAGCAAUAAUAAGAUUGAGAAAUCUGGCUAAAAAAUGUAUAUGACAAAAGCCAUGAGAAAACAGUCAAAAGACAUCUGACGACAUCGGAGAAGAUAUUCAAAACAUGUAUCACAAAGGAGUAAUAUUCUUGAAGAAUUCUUAAAAAUAGACAAAGAACCAAAACUCCAAUAGAAAAAUGAGAAAACUAUCCAAACAGACAAUUUACAAAAAAGAUAUUAAAAUGGCACUGAAAGAUAGGAAAAAUACUCAAAUUCACUCAAUUACAGAAAUAUGGAUGCUAUGGUCUAAAUAUUCGUGUCUCCCCCAAAUUCAUAUGUUGAAAACCUAAUGUCUAAGGUGAUGGUGUGAGGAAGAGGGACUUUAGGAGCAGGAUGACUAGGUCAUGAAGGUGGACCCCUCUCAGUUGGGAUUAGUGCUCUGGUAAGAGACCCCCACAGAGGUCCCAAGCCCCUUCCACCAUACAAGGGAACAGGGGGGCAUAGGCAAUCUGCAGUCCGGAAGAGGACCUUCACCAGAGCCCAGCCAUGCUGGCACCAUGAUCUUGGGCUUCCAGCCUCCCAGAACCCUGAGAUUUAAAUGUCUGUUGUUUCUAAGGCCCUCGGCCUUUGGUAUUUUCUUAUAGCAGCCUGAACAGACUAAGACAGCGAUUAAAAGAAUACCGAGAUACUUACUAGACUGGCAGAAAAAAAAAAAUACACAUCUCAACCCGUUGUGUUGUUGAGGCUGUGGGGAAGCACUCUCAUACUUUACUGGUGAGUGCGCAAGUUUGUACAGCCCUUCUAGAGGGAAAUUUUGACAACACCCGACAAACUACAUAUGUAUCUACAUCUUGAUUGUGAUCCAGCAACCCUACUUCUAGGACAUGAAAAAAUAUAUGCUCAAGGUUAUUUACUGCAACAUUGUAACUGCAGAAUAUUGAAAACAACCGAAAGACUCAUAUAUAAGAGAGUGGUUAAAUAAAGCAUGGCACAUCCAUACAGUGGAGCAGCAUGCAGCUGUGAAGUAGAAUGAGAAGGGUCUCUCUGAACAGAUGUGACACAGAUUUCCAGGACAUACUGCUCAGGGAAGAAAGUAGUGUCCAAAUGAGUAUCUAGAGUAUGCUAGCCUAAGGAAAAUACACAGAUGUAUAGGGUGGACAGGAAAGAUAAUCCAGAAAAUAAGCAGAUUAGUGGGAAAAGCCUGGAAGAAGGAAAAUUGAAUGGGUUCAGGGUUGCUGGGAUGAGAGGGGAAUGUACUCAGUGAAUAAACCAUUUUGGGUAACUCUGA